CCCCUCUGUCGCAUUUUCCUCGGAUUUCGCACCGACCCCCCCCCCCCAUGGCCUAAACCCGUCCUCCUAUUCCUCCCACACCCUGUCGGUUCCUGCAUCACAUCCUUCCCAAGUCAUGCGCCACUCCGUCAGAGAUCACAUUCUUAAUAUAACGCCCACUCUCCCCCGUUACAACUCCCCCGUGGACUCGGAUCAAACCCCGCCACCGCUAUAAUGUCCGUGAUCGUGAAACCCCCCAAGCGCAAACUAGAUGACCUCGACGGCCCCAUCGCACAGAACCACCGACGGUUGUCGCAUAGCCCGUACGUCUCAAGUGGCUCCCAAUCUGUCGACCCGGCCUACGGAGAUGAGACCCCGAGGGAACGAGUCCACAGCCUCCCCGGAGACAACCCAGAGGCCUCACAUUGGUUUGCCCCCUCGUUGCGCGGGGUCACCUCCAGCCGUGGGUCCCCCACGGCCUUCGAAGGCGCUACCCAGGUGCCCCGAAAGUUUGCGCGGAACUCAUCCAUCGUGCUGAUUGGCAUCCGAGGGACCGGCAAAUCCAGUCUGGCGGUGAUACUGGCGGCCACGUCGGGGCGGAGGUUGAUCGAUGCGGACCGGUACUUCCAGCAGAUCACCGGACGGUCGCGCGCGGCGUACAAAAAGGAAUUUGAAUUGGUGGAAUACCGACAGCAGGAGGCCCGAGUGAUGGAGUCGAUGCUGGCAGAACAUCAGGAAGGAUGCGUGAUCGCCUGCGGGCCGGGUUCCAUGGAGCGCAGUGGACAGAUGCUGCUCCGCGAGUACGCCAGAACACACCCGGUGAUCUAUCUCCUCCGGGACGCGGAAAGCAUCCAGUCUUACUUGAAGGCGUGGAAUGUUGACAAAGUCCGUCGGUUCCUCGGCCUGGCGGGGCCGAUCUACCGGGCGUGUUCCAACCUGGAGUUCUUCAACGUGUCGGAGAAAGGCAUGGCGGAGCAUGCGGCCGCCAAAGAUGGUAAUCACGCUCAGUUGGAGCUGGAGCUGGAUCAGCGCUUUCAGGCUAUCACGCCCUUCCUGACUCUGAAACGAUUGCAGCUCGACUUUCUCCGGUUUAUCGCUUUCGCGACGGGCGAUGCCCACGAUCUGAGCAGUCUGAACGCGUCCUUCCCGCUGUCCAUGCAAGCGAUUGAGUCCCGGGCGUUUACUUACGCUGUGACAGUACCGCUUUCGUCGUUGUUGGAGCGGGACCUGGACAUCGAAGACCUUGAGUCUACGUCUGAUGCAUUCGAACUCAAGAUUGACAUCACGGAACCGCCCUCCUCGCGACUAGCUGUGGACUCCGGGAUCGCCGACAAGAUUAGCCAUGCGGUCGCAAACAUUCGACGAAAUACGGUCGUCCCACUCGUAUAUCACGUGGAAAGUAGUGUAGGCUUCAGUAGCCAGAAUGGCGAGCACAACGAAUACUCGCGUCGACCCACGAACGAGUAUUUGAAUCUUAUCCAGCACGGGCUACGCCUGGCUCCAGAAUUCGUGACGGUCGACUUGUCGUAUAGCGACGACCUCUUGUCUCAAAUCAUUGCGUCGAAGGGCUCAAGCCGUGUGAUCGGCCAUUAUGCUGCGGCUCAGCCUCCGCCGAGGGGAUGGGACGAUCCGACUUACAUGAACCUCUAUGAGCGAGCAAAACGGCUGGGCUGUGAUCUCGUACGGUUGACUCAGCCGGCGACCUCCAUAGAUGACAAUUUUGCUGUUCAAAGGUUUCGCGACUCCUUCAAGUCGCUUCCGACCCCUCUACCCCUUAUAGCAUACAACUCAGGACUGCUAGGCCGGUUGUCUUGUUGUUUCAACCCGAUAUUGACGCCUGUGACACACCAGUCUCUUCUCUCUGAAACGCAACUCAAGGGGCUUCCCUGUAUUACGUUGCGUGAAGCUCAGGAAGCUCUAUACUCGUCCUUCACUCUGGACCCUAUGCAGUUCUUCCUCUUCGGUGGCAACGUCACCUACAGUCUGUCGCCAAUCAUGCACAACGCGGCAUACAAUCUCUGUGGCAUGCCGCAUGUCUACCGAACCCACCAGUCAUCUACGUUGCGUGGAUUAAAUGAUCUGGUGUCCAAUCCUCACUUUGGCGGCACCAGUGUUGCUUUGCCGUACAAGACCGAAGUGAUCCCCCUCCUCCAUUCGAUGUCUCCUCACGCUCGCGCCAUCGGUGCUGUGAACACUCUUGUCCCCAUUCGAGAGAGCGACGAAAAGGCUCUGGAUGGGGAUGGUUCUCCUUUGCUUAUGGGCAAGAGCCGCGCGGGCCCGGUGAAAGCUUUGCAUGGAGAUAACACCGACUGGAUUGGCAUUGGUAACUGCUUCCGGCGAGGCUUAUCCCCUGCGAAUGCCAUCCGGCCCUUGUCUACCGGGUUGGUUAUUGGGGCAGGUGGUAUGGCUCGCGCUGCCGUCUACGCCAUGAUUCACCUGGGGGUGCAGAACAUCUUUGUGUUCAACCGCACUGUUGCCAACGCGGAGAAGCUAGCCCGGCACUACAACCAACAAAACCUACGUUCACCCGGCCGUGCCGGGUCAACGACCCGCCCUCAUGUUCAUGUUUUGCAAUCACAACAAGACAGCUGGCCUGUCAAUUACAAGCAACCGACCGUCAUUUGCUCCUGCAUCCCGACACACAGUAUCGGAGGGGAACCGGCGCCCAAUAAUGAGAUACCGUCCCAGUGGCUGGAGAGCCCGACGGGGGGUGUAGUUGUCGAACUGGCCUACAAAUCCCUCAACACCCCCCUGAUCAAGCAAAUCCGCGCUCUCUCCCACCGCGGCUGGGUGGCAUUGGAUGGAUUGGAUGUUCUCCCGGAGCAAGGCUUCGCUCAGUUUGAAUUGUUUACUGGUCGCCGUGCGCCGCGACGGUUGAUGCGCACGGUGGUGUUGAAAGAGUAUAAGGAGGAAGAAGGGCAAUACGACCCGCAAGCCAUCCAGCAUCGACUUGAGAAUCUGAAGGGGCAACCUACUUGACGAUGAGCGUGGCCGGGAUACGUGGCGACGGUAGUAUCGCCGCUUUAAUGUGAUUGAUUGAUGUGAUGUCGGAAUAUUAGCUGAG